AUGAACAGUACUUCCUAUCGCCAAAAUGAGGACUUCAACUUCAGAUAUGAUGCUCCACCUGGCCUCGAUUAUCGUGCUGCCGAUCAACAUCGCGCCCCUCGAUCUCCUCCUAGAGGACGCGCACCAGAUCGCAACGGAUACCAAGCUAACGACAACCAACGACGCCCUCGCGGUGGCCAUCGUGGUGGUCGUGGUGGUCCCAGAUUGGCGGCUGAUAGGGCUUUCUUGAAGACAAAUCGUGAUCCCACACCAGAGCUGAUGCCAGGCAUGGAUGAAGAUGCUGGAGCCGGUGUCAGAUUCAAGCCAGUCGACGACCUUUCCGAUAGUGAUGAAGCUGAGAUGGACCUCACCAAUACAGACGAUGAAGCUGAUGGUCAAGAAUCUAAGAAGAAGCAGGCUCGUACGGAAACAAAGGCUGCUGACGCUGAUAGUGUUCCUCGCUGGUCUAACCCGGAUCCGUACACAGCAUUGCCUCCACCAGACGAGUCUCAGCGAAAGAAGAAGGACGUCGUCAAGCUGAUCAGAAAGGCUCGCGUUGCUGCCGAUACGGAGAAUAAUGCGAAGACAGAAGCUACUGCUGAUGACUUCAUUUCGUUCGAUUUCGAUGAUGGCACUGACGUUGUGAUGGGUGAACAAUUCGGACUUGGUGUUGAAGGUGCCCCAACCGGACCUCGAGCAAACAAGGAUGAUGCUUCGCGUCAACAAGGACUACAGGAGCGCCCAUAUGAGCCUCGUGUGGAUCUCAAAUUGCCAGACAAAUCAUCCCAGCAAGAUAUUCCCUUCACAGCUAAUACCAACGUUAAUACGGGCGACAUUGGAAGCGACUUACGGGCUGCAAGCGGUGUUUCUCUAGAUGGAAACCAUGUAUUAGGUCUAGCACCGAACAGCAAAUCAAGCAUGCAACAUGCCCUGCCAGCUAGGCCACCACCCGUCUCCCUUACCUCUGAUCCAGCUCUCGGCAAUAGGAAGCGCAACAUUGAUGAUGAGAUCAAAGGCCCUCCCAGAAUCCAUGGAGAAGACUUGGGCAAGAAGAAACCCAUCGCUGAUGGAUCAAUCACCCCGCAAUGGCUUCCUGUGCCGCACGAAUCACCAACACCAUGGAUCUCUAUCGAUCACUCUGAUUCCGCUAAGAUGGGCAUCUGGCUUCAUAAGGAGAUUAUGGACUUCUAUCACUACGUGAAACCCCGAGAUUUUGAACAAUUGAUUCGUGUCAAGUUGGUAGAGAAUCUACGUGCCAGUGUCAAGAAGCACUUCAAUCAUGAGGCAGACAUCCUUGCUUUUGGGUCGUUCCCAGCUGGAUUGUACUUACCAACUGCGGAUAUGGAUAUUGUCUGUGUCUCAAAUCGAUUCAUGCGCGGACAGGAACCCGAUUUUCACGAGAAGAAGAUACUAUACAGGUUCAGGAGCUUUCUCCAAAAAUACCACCUAGCUCUGGACGAUAAGAUUGAGCUGAUCAUUGGAGCCAAAGUCCCACUUGUCAAAUAUGUCGACAGACUCACAGGUCUCAAAGUCGACAUCUCUUUCGAGAACGACACGGGCUUGAUUGCCAACAAGACAUUCCAGGACUGGAAAGUUGAGUUCCCGGCCAUGCCAAUCAUUGUUUCGCUAGUCAAGCACAUAUUGGCCAUGCGAGGUUUGAAUGAGCCUGUUAAUGGAGGCAUCGGUGGUUUUUCCGUCAUCUGUCUUGUCGUAAGUCUUCUCCAGAACAUGCCUCAAGUUCAGAGCAGAACUAUGAUUCCCGAACACCAUCUCGGUGAGAUCCUAAUGGAGUUUUUCGACCUCUACGGCAAUCAAUUUAACAUUGAAACCACGGGAAUCUCUAUGAAGCCGCCAGGAUAUGUCUCCAAGACCCGUUUGAAUAUCCCGUACAGAGAGCAAACUUCGAACAAGUUCUGUAUCAUGGAUCCUAAUCGGUCCAACAACAACAUAUCGGGCGGUGCCAGAAACUCACCAGUCAUUCGAGGUGCCUUUUCUGAUUGCUUCAAAAGAUUGCAGGAACGCAUGGUUCAGUUGCAGUACUCUGCCGAGGCUGAUCGUCGCUGUGAGAGUAUACUAGGCACCAUCAUUGGUGGCAACUAUUCUUCGUUCCGUCUUCAGCGCGAGCAUCUUGCCCACGUGUACGAAAAGUAUCAUGGCCCCAUUGAUCUUACUGGCUGA